AUGGCACCUAGUAUGUUGAUACUGCUGGUUCUGAGUCUUGGUGUUGGUACUAUAUGGACGGCAUGUAUUCUCAUCUAUCGCAUGUUCCAUCACCCACUUAGUAAGUUCCCGGGCCCACGACUGGCAGCAGCAACAUUCGGCUACGAAAUCUACUACGACGUCUUCAAGUCGCCAGGUGGUCAGUACAAUUACAAGAUCCAAGAGCUACAUCGGAAGUAUGGUCCUAUCAUCCGUAUCAAUCCUGAAGAAGUCCACAUCUCCGAUCCCGAAUGGUUCGAUGUCCUCUACGCAGGACCUGGUCACAUUCGCGACAGAUCUGUGCGCACAAAUCGAGGCAAUGGUUCCGUCGGGUCUGUCGCUUCUUCAUUAGAGCACGAUGUCCAUCGCGCAAGACGAUCCUCCAUAAACCCGUACUUUUCCAAAGCAGCCAUUAAUCAGCUUGGAUACCAGGUGUGGGAAGCAUUCGAGCUGCUGGGAGCAAAGAUGGCUGAGCGUGCAGACAGUGGUGAGAUCGUGAACCUGGGAGCCGCUCUUGGUGCCGUGACGAUGGACGUCGUCACGAGGUAUGUGUACGACGAGGCUUGGCAUGUUCUCAAGACGCCGGACUUGGGAGUACAGUGGAACCAGGUAAUGCUCGAGGGGUUCUCUCAAGCGCCGCUACGGAAGCACAUCCCGGCUAUCGCAUCGAUCAUGUCUUCCAUCCCACUAUGGCUCAUCAAGCGGCUGAACGCGAACGCUGGCGUGUUCGUCACAGCGAAGCAGCGAGCAGAUGCAGUAUCGCAUAGAGUCUGGAAGGAGAUUCAGGCUUCGCGUGGUGGUGUGAGCGAGAAGCAGCUAGAUGACCGUCGACCCCGGACUGUCUUCCACGGCAUCAUGAACAGCAACUUGCGCUCUGUAGACAAGUCCAUGGAUCGGCUAGCAGACGAAGCGUUCGUGCUCGUCAUGGCGGGCGGCGAGACCACAGCGAAGGUGACACUUGUGACAUUGGUGCAUUUGCUGCAAGAUCCCAGCCUGCUAGCGCAGUUGCGAGGAUUGCUAGACGGCGUCAUGAAAGCUGGACGCCCCUCUUACCGAGACCUGGAAGCUGUCCCAUUGAUGAAGGCCAUAGUGCAGGAGGGCGUCCGGCUGGCAUGUCCAGUGAUGAAUCGUGCGACGCAAAUGGCGCCGAAGGAGGAUAUGACAUUGAACGGCAUCGUGAUCCCACGAGGAGACGUCUGCUUUGACGAGAAAAUCUUCCCGGAUCCAUACCACUUCAACCCCAGCCGCUGGCUGCAGGCUGCAGAACGAGGCGAGCGCUUAGAGAAGUAUCUCAUUAGUUUUAGCAGAGGUAGCAGAGCAUGCGUGGGCAUGGAACUAGCGUUAUGCGAGAUGUAUAUUGGGCUGGCCACGCUGAUCUGCAACUUUGACCUGCAGCUCAUCGACUUUGAUUACGAGCGCGAUCUUGCGACAGUGAGAGAUGGAUUUGUGGGCCUGCCGAGCAAGGAGAGUCGAGGUGUGCAGGUUAGGGUUGGGGUUAGAAGGUUGUAA